CGAACUUGUACCGCCCAGCCUGCUCCUGAGGUUCUUGUACAGGAACAAAAUGUAAAUGGUUCGAGUUGUCGUCCUGCUGGCCGCGCCGCUCAAGAACAUCUCUACGAGAACGAGCCCUCCGCCGUCCUCCGCGCCGCCCAGUCCACUCAAGAUCCGAGUUCUUGUCCUCAGACGAACGACACGAGCAACGUGCUGAAAAUGAAGAACGAGGACCCCGAGCAGGAGGAAGAUACUGGUGUUUUUCUAAUGGUAAAUGCGGAUGUGGAGCUCGAUCACAACACGACCGCGACUACGAUUGUCCGGACGGUGACGCCCCCCGCCUCGUCCUCGCCCCACAUGGCCUACUGCCCUUCGUCGUCCUCUGCAAGGGCUGGUGCUGCUGCUGUAAGCGCAGCGGUUCCCCUCCUGGUUGGCACCGUGCCGCCUCCCACGGGAAAUGCGGUGCCGCGCAGCUCGUCGAGCAGAGCUACUGUGGAGAUGCACAGUGUGGAAGACCACCCGGUGUGGCGGGGGGGUGGUGCCACUACUUCUGCGGGAGCCGCCAGUGGCACUGUGGUGCGAUCCUCGCAGCACCUGUACCGAGGUGUCGAGAAGCAAAUGGAGGAAGUGAUGAAAUUGAAAUCGCAAGCAGAAAAGGAGAAGCGCCGGCGAAGUGGAAAGACCAAGAACGAAAAACCGAAAGACAGCACCGCGGCCGCACGGCAGGAGGACGUCGCGCGCGACCAACUUCAACUUCAUCCGUCCAAAGACAUCACGACACCUCCCCCGGGGACCGACGGCGCAACUGGAGGAACUGCCGUAGUGACGAAGAUGAAUAGCGGCACUGUAGUCUCGUCCCCAGUUAGAAGUUCUUUGUCCUCUUCGCCAGCAGAUAACGACCAUAACACGAGCCUGGCGACCGAGAGAACCGCGACUACUACAUUCGCCACGGUAGUACCACCUUUUGGGGGAGCAGCAGCAGGAGCAGCUGCACCUGCUAGUACUACUGCUACCAACACAAAAACGCCCUCGAAGAAGAUGCUGCUGCACCCCAUCGCGCAGAAGCUACUCAGCAACCUGUACAGGGACGUGGUCAGCCGGAGCGGCUCUCUGAUUCUGACGAAUCACGACGACGGAGGUGGUGGUUCCUCAGGAAGUAGUACUCCGAGAAGCAGUACUUCCACCACGUCGCCGUCGGUGAAGAGUGGUAGAGAACUACAGGGAGUUCUUGUGGGUCCUCGUCCUUGUCGACCUGAUGUUCAUCUUCCGGAG